AUGGCUUCAGCACACGAUCUAAGUGCCUGGGACAAGGAUGGCAGAGUCUUUCUCUUUACAUCGCUGACGGCCGGAUCCUCGCACAUCAUCACGGCAACCUCACGCAUCGAGACAAUUCUCAAUGCCAACAGAAUCCCCUUCAUGGCCAUUGACACGGCGACAAAUGAACUAGCCAAGAAGCUUUGGGGUCGUCGUUCUCGAGGCAAAAAACUUCCUGCCCUGGUCAAGGAAGGCUUUGUGAUAGCUGACCUCGAAGAAGUCGAAGAAUGGAACGAGUUUGGCGAGAUCAAAGAGAACAUAGGCGAUAUCCCACCUGCCAGCUCUGCCCCUGCGCCCGGCGGUGAAGGAGUAACCACUCGAGCAACCAUGCACCCCACCACCCAACCUCCUGCCCAACUCCCUAUUAAGCCUACCGCUACCGCCGCAACCACCGCAACAAAACCAGUCGACGAGAAGCAUGAGUCUCUGCAAUCACCCAUGGCAACACUGUCCAUGAAAGAAGCUGCUACCGAGGCCGCGAGCAUAGGCGCAGCACGCAAGGGUCCUGAACCAGGCAUCAACGAUACCAAAGUCGCUCCACUCAAGUCGAACACUGCCGCCCAGACCUCCAGCACGCCGGCACCUUUGGACCCAGAAGAAUCAUCCAAGGCAACAUCAUCUGCACCUUUGACAGCCGUCGAUUCAAGUGAUGCUUCCGUCGCAGCCACUCCUGCAGGUACUAUCCAGCAGAAACACAGAGGAAGUAGUGUUAGCACUGCAGAUCCAGAGGAAAUCAAAGAGUUGGAAAAUUCUAUUGCUAUUCCUGAAGCAGACGAGGAGGAUGAAGAAAAACCAAAGACACAAGAUCAGGAAGCCGCUGUUGCGGAACAGGCGUCGGUUAGUGUUCAAGAUUGA